CCACUUAAGGUGGCCCAGGGCGGAGUCAGCUCCUCUCAGUCUGUACGGAACCUGAACGCACCACUUCAACCGAGGAAGGUGGAAUGAAAACAGGCGGUUUUUAAGGAAUAUCCCAUCGCAUAUCAUCGCUUAUUCUUAAAUAAAUACAUCGAUACCAGAUCAAACAAACAGGGGCAGCAUGGGGGUCUACGAGGAGAAAAAGGAAAAGUGCGGAACCGUCUGCCUGAAAUACCUCCUGUUCACGUUCAACUUCCUCUUUUGGUUGGCAGGCGGCGGCGUGAUGGCGGUGGGCGUUUGGACCUUGGUCGAGAAGAGCGACUACAUCAGCCUUCUCUCCUCCAAGACCUACGCCGCCUCCGCCUACAUCCUGGUCCUGGCUGGAGCCAUCGUGAUGGUCACGGGGGUGCUGGGCUGCUGCGCCACCUUCAAGGAGCAGAGGAGGCUGCUGCGAGUGUACUUCGUCCUGCUGCUGUGUAUCUUCCUGUUGGAGAUCCUGGCCGGCAUCCUGGCUUAUAUCUACUAUCAGCAGUUGAAUGAGGAGCUGAAGCAGAACCUGAGAGAGACCAUGACCCAGAAGUACAAACAGAGCAGCCACGAGCACGUCACCAGGGCUGUGGACAAGCUGCAGCAGGAGUUCAAGUGCUGCGGCAGCAACAGCUCGUCGGACUGGGCCGAGAGCGUCUGGAUCCACUCCAGAGACGCCGACGGCAGGAUGGUGCCUGACAGCUGCUGUAAGACGAGCACCGAUCUCUGCGGCCGCAGGGACCACCCGUCCAACAUCUACAAGGUGGAGGGAGGCUGCAUCACCAAGCUGGAGAAAUUCAUCCUGGACCAUCUGAAGAUCAUCGGAGCGGUGGGUGUUGGGAUCGCUUGUGUACAGGUCAUAGGGAUGGUGUUCACAUGCUGCCUAUAUCGAAGUCUGAAGGCAGAGCCGUACUAAGAGGAGCAGCAGAAGAAACGUGUGUGUGAGUGUGUGAGUGUGUGAGUGUGUGAGUGUGUGAGUGUGUGAGUGUGUGAGUGUGUGAGUGAGUGAGUGAGUGAGUGAAGGAGGUAACUUCAUGGACCACAAGUCAUACUCAAAACAGCCCAUAGGUUAUUUUCUUUGCCUUUACACACAGGGGGAAGGAAACAUUAGGCGAGGGAUCAUAUUCUUGAGGAUCUCAUUUGUUGGGAAAAAAUAAAACACUACGAGGUUUCUUGAAGCAAUUAAGCACUCAAGCUGCAGACUCAGCUCCAUCUGUGAGAGACGAAGCCUCAGAGAGAAACCGAUGGGAAUGUUUUAACACCGAUUGUGUAAAUUAGCGUAGCACAGCCUCCUCGGGACUAAGAAAGACAUUGUAGUUUUUUUCCACUCCCGAUUCCCACGAUGCGUUUUUUUGUUGUUUUUUUACUGUUUGCGGACCAGGUGCUGCACCCGAGAGCGCCGUAAAGAUCGGCGGAGUAAAACUGGCACUUUGCAGAAAAAUGUUAAUCCUGGUCGCAGCAGCUUUCCCUCGCUCAACAAGCCUCCACCUCUGGGGCCUUCUUCAACCUGCAACAGCUUUCACGUUCCACCUUAACCAGCCAGCCAUGCGAUUUAAAUAUUCGUUCCAUCGUGGCCUUCCUUUAAAAAAAAAACAU